CAGUUUUAGCUACAGAAAUGACGGUAUUCUCGUCUGACCAUCGAAAGGGUAGUUUACCGAACCCGCCCACGCGACGAUCAUGAAGCCGUUUCAAAGACUUCCGUAUCACGAGGUUAACCAGCUUUGCCAUCGGGCCUAAUAAAAAAUGGGUAAUAAAGAAAUUUCAAAAUGGCACCCUCGUCUUCUCGGUCCUUUACGUAGCCUCGUGUAACCACGACUAAGGAACGAACCGAGUUCAAGGGUUGACACGUACCCCAAUUCAACGGAUUAUAUCUUCCUCCACGUCGGAUCCAACGUGGCCAUCCAAACCUCGUCAGCAAUCCCUAACCUCCCUCCUUAUAAUGUACCGGACCAUUUCCCCUGCUAGUCGUUCUCCAAAACCCAAAAAAACAAAAGCAAUACACAAUCGAAGCAACACUUUCACUUUCAUUUUCAGACCCUUUCUCCCCUACUCUUAUUUCGUCUUUUUUUUUUUUUUCCUCUUUCACGUUCUCGUCUCUGGCGAUUUUUCGCCUGAAAACCGAAGCAGUUCGCUGGGGCAAAAGAUGAAGUCACGGGCCACUGAUGAUCUUUGCGUGAAUUUCCAGGGCAAUAACGUUACGUCCUCGUGCCGUCGCGUAUUUCGGGAACUUUAACCGUAUCUGGGGAAAAAAAAACCCUUAAGCAAAAGCGACUUUGCUUAGCAGAGUUUUGAAGUUAUUCCAUGCUUUGUCUGGCAAAUCAGAGGCAACUAAUAGUAUAUAAUAAUCAAACUUAAGAGUCUCGAGUCUUGUUAAACCGCAUUGAUUUUUGACCCUUCAAAAAAAAUUAUGAAUUUCUGUGUCGUUUGCGUUUGCUGAUCUCAUCACAAAGGGAUAUGUAUUCUACUUAUCAAAGCGAAGAAUCAACAAUAGUUUGAAGAGCUGCCGUGGUAACGGUGGAAGCGGAGAAACAUGCCUUUCCCAAUGAAGAUCCAACCGAUCGAUUUCAACACGCUAGAAGACGUGGCGCUGCCUCGGUUGGAGACGGUAAAGCCGGUGGUGAAGUCGCGGUUCAAGCGGCUGUUUGAGCGGCAGUUCCCUAGCGUUCUGAGAAAUUCAGCCGUGGAGAAAGUCGGUGCUGCUGCCGCUGAUGAGCUGCCUUUUAACAAAGAAUGCACUGCUGAGUUUGAGCCGAGCUCUGUUUGCUUGGCGAAGAUGGUGCAGAAUUUCAUCGAAGAAAACAACGAGAAACAACAAUUUGGUGCAGGUAGGUGUAGCCGCAAUCGCUGUAACUGCUUCAAUCGUAACUGCAACGACAGCUCCGAAGACGAAAUGGUUGGUUUCGGUUUCAGUGACUCCAAUCUCACUUCUUCUGGUGAAGCAUCUGAAAUUCUAAAAAGUUUGGUUUCUUGUGCGAGUGUGAGUGAAAGGAAUUUACUGGCAGAUACGGCGAGGAUUGUGGAGAAGAACAAGAUCAGUAAGCGUAAAGAUGAUUUUUGCAGGAAGAUUGUUACUGAUGGAUUACUGGCCCUUGGAUACGAUGCUUCUAUCUGCAAAUCUCGAUGGGAAAAAUCCCCCUCUUAUCCCGCCGGGGAAUAUGAAUACAUAGAUGUGAUAAUUGACGGGGAACGAUUGCUGAUCGACAUCGAUUUCAGAUCAGAAUUCGAAAUUGCCCGAUCAACAAAGAGUUAUAAAUCAAUCCUACAAAUGCUUCCCUUCAUCUUCGUAGGCAAAGCUGAUCGUCUCCAGAAGAUAAUUGCUAUUGUUUCAGAGGCGGUAAAGCAAAGCCUGAAGAAGAAGGGAAUGCAUAUUCCUCCUUGGCGAAAAACUGAGUAUAUCAAGGCCAAAUGGCUCUCUCCUUAUAACCGAGCCACUCCUUCACCUUUAACUACUCCUACGCCCACGCCCACAAUUGGAACACUCGAAGAAUUUAAAAUCGAAACCGAAGCUAAAGAGAAAGGCCAAUCUUUGUUUGAAUUGAAUCCCGAAGAGAAAAACUCAGUUGAAGAUGCUGAGCUGGGGGAUUCCAUAUUUGCUUUUUCUGAGAACUCUGAAGAAGAAGAAGAAGGGAAGGAAAAGAAGGUGGAGAAAAAAGAGUGGAAGCCACCUGAGAUAAAGCCCAAGAGAACACAAAUUGGGGUUAAGAUCGUGACUGGUUUGGCUUCAGUAAUUGAAGAUGAGCCAAGAAAAUUUUGACUUCCAAUUUUUUUCUCUUUCUUUUCCCUCUUGGGUUAUUAGAGAAUCAAAUACCAUGAUACAUGGUUUAACUGUUUAAAUCCCCUUUCGUUUUUUUUUCUUUCUAUGUAAGGGUUGAUCUGAUUUUACUACUAAUAUGAAUAAGAUUUUAUAAAAUAGUUGUUAAGAAGAGGGAUUACAGAUUUUGUUUUUAAGCUGGUUCCUCUUAUUUCUGUAAAUCUGCAACGAAGCCUUGAAAUUGAUUCCAA